UUUCUCGCUACCCAUCUGCGGAACUGUUCUUGAAUCCUCCUAGGUUGCACUUCGGAUUACUUCUGUUUAGGCGGAAGUGUUCGUGUGCUUUCUGGUCCGUAUUGAAUAUACAGAUUUUGCAUGUGUGUAAGGUGCUUGUCAAAGAUUGCUGACAGAUUGACUGACACACUGACUGUAAAUUAAUCGAGGAAAAGUGCUACAGUUUAAACCGAAUGCAGAGGCUUACAUGCAUAAAAUAGCAUGUUUCAUGUUAGUGGACAGUAUUAUACUUCUUAGGAGCUAAGCAUGCAAACCCGUGAUGAGGAGGAGGAAUGUGCAAGAUCUUGGUUUCACAGCAAUGUUUGAGUUUCCUUGACUCUCUUUUCUAAGUAAGUUCAGUCAAAGCAGAUCAGCAGCUGUAGCAUUUAGUUAACGACCAACAAGUAUAGCAAUGAAACUGAAAGAGCUCGAAAGUUGCCUCCAGCAAGUAGACGUGUUCGAGGAACCAAAACUUCUACUUGAACAGUAUCCAACAAGCCCUCACAUAGCAGGUUGCAUGCUUUACACUAUCCAUAACACAUUUGACGACAUAAAGGGUAAACUGGUAGCGGACUUAGGUUGUGGAUGCGGAGUCCUCAGUAUAGGAGCUGCAGUGCUUGAUGCGGGGUUAUGUGUUGGUUUUGAAGUCGACGAAGACGCAGUUGACAUAUUUAAAGGAAAUGUUGAAGAGUUCGAACUCCCAAACAUUGACGUGGUCCAAUGCGAUGUGUGUUGUCUUGAAACAAUGUCGUUUGCAAAGAAAUUUGAUACGGUCAUUAUGAACCCCCCUUUUGGCACAAAGCAUAACCAGGGUAUUGAUAUGACAUUUUUGAAGACUGCUAUAAGCAUGGCAAAAACAGCUGUGUACUCUCUUCACAAGACAUCAACAAGGGAACAUAUACAGAAAAAGGCAGAUGAUUGGAAUGUGAAAAUGGAAGUAAUAGCAGAGCUCAGAUAUGACUUGCCUGCAACAUACAAGUUCCAUAAAAAGAAAUCGGUUGACAUCCAGGUGGACUUUAUCAGAUUCUCACUAAAAUGAGAUCUGGACUUGGAGUAGAUGGUUUGCUUCUUUUGGACUCUGUUUUUCUAAAUAGGUGUGAUGUAUUGUGAUCAUGAUUUUAAUGAACUGUUGAACAUACACCAGAUUUAACAUGCUAAAGCUUUGACCUUUAACGCCUUCAUUACACUCAUGUCAGAUAUGGCUCUUUAUGCAAAACAUUUUGUGAUCGCUACAUUUAUUAAAUUUUCAUAGCAGUGAUCCAUAUUAACACGAAGUGCAGUGAAAUUCAUCAAUUGUGGAUACCUUCAUGAUCUAUACGUUAAAAGAGAGGCGGUACAAACUUUUACAGCCUCUUUCAUGGUUCAAAGUUCAGUGGCACAACAUUUAAAGUAAUUUUGUUUAAGAGUAAAAAUUCAAGAAAUGAAUUACAGGCAGGUAAUACUGACCCCUUACUGUUACAAACAUAUGUAGGCAAAAUAUACAGUAUUAACUGAUGUCAUUGCUUAUCGUUUCGACACUGAAAAAAUUCAACAAAUGUAAUAUGCAUAUGGUACUCUGGAGAGACCAUUCAUAUAUGUUUUGAAGGAAGAGACAUUUAAGAAACGUUAACCGGGAGAAGAUACUAUUGCACGACUAUUGCCAUUGCACACCAUGCUUCAUACAAUGUCAUGUUGGAUGAUGUUUGAAAACAGUGCACAUUAGAAUAUAGAACACACAGUAAUUCUGUACUGAACCAACAGUAAAAAAAAAAAAAAACAGGAAUACACUUUAAGUAUAGUACAUACAUAAUAUUCUACAACAAAUACAUACAAUUCAGUGCAUUGCUGUGCGUCCUGCUGAGGCAGCAUAAGUUAUGUACAGUACAGAACAAAUAAAUGUUUGUACCAAAA